UGGCUGCAAUCUCUCAGAAGUAGAGUUCCUUGAGAGUUAUUCCUGUUUUUCCCACUUGGGGCACCUAGAUCUUUCCAAAAACAAAUUUACUCAUCUGCCGACAUGCAUCAACAAAUACCACGAUUUGGAACACCUGCGUGUCGGUAAAUGCAAACAGCUACAAAAGAUUCCUCAGCUUCCGCCAAAGCUGCAUAGGCUAUUCGCAAGUGGUUGCAGAUCUCUACAGGAAUUUCCAGAUUUGUCAAGUCUCUCCAACUGCCUUGCCGUUGACGUGUCAUCAUGUCGUGAAUUAUUCCGCAAGGGGGCAAGUACGGCUCAUGUGUUAUCACGCAAGGAGCUCUCGAAGAUGAGAUAUGUUGAAAUUACCCUGAUUGGGAGAGAGAUGCCAGAAUGGUUUCUCCACUGUAAAGACAGUUCCAUAUCUUUCAUGGUUCCCAGGGACUUGAGCAACAAGCUCUUAGGAAUAGCACUCUGUAUUGUUAUUGGCCCGAAGGAAGGAAAAGCGGGUGAUGCUGAAUGUUGCGUCGAAAUUGAUGGCCCAAUGGAUUUUGGUCCAUGGGAUUGGUUUCGUUCAAUGAAAUCUGAUCAUGUGCAGAUUCGAUAUUUUCCGUUCAGCGGGCUGCAUAAAGAAGGGGACCUUCCGCGAGAUGAUUGGAGGCAUUUCCGAGUUCGCCUCGGGGUAUCAAAAGGAAGAUUGAUUAAAUGGGGAUUCCGUCCUAUAAACGAGCAAGAGGAGGAUGAUCUGAGGAUCGUGCUCCAACACCAUCAGCCGAAUGAAACAAAUCGAUCUUCGGAGGAAAGAGACUCAGAAGAAGACAAUUGGAAAGACACCAAGGAAGAAGAAAGUUCAAGUGAAACAGAUGAUGAAUCUAACAAAGAAAAGCUCUCUCAGCCGAAUGAAAAAAAUUGGUCUUCGGGGGAAAGACACUCAGAAGAAGACAAUUGGAUAGACACCGAGGAAGAAGAAAGUUCAAGUGAAACAGAUGCUGAAUUUUACAAAGAUAACCCCUUCGAAAAAUUAUCGAGAUGGUAUUGUCACUGGUAUUGUGACGCAGGAGGUGCCUGUCGAAGUGUCAACUCGGGGAAUAAGCUCAUAUUGGGGUCAUCGUACAGACAAAAAAGAUAUAUAGAAAGUUUGCACAUAACCACGGGGGUUCAACCGAGUUACAUACCCCACAUUCUCAUUCCCGAGAAUUAG